UGAUGUAAGCAGUCUCUGCUUUCUAAUAGAUUUUCGAGAUAAUAAAAGUUAACGUGAUAUAUUAUACGAUCUUGCUUGAGAUAUUGAAGUCUUCUCGAUAGCAUAUAUACGGGAAAAAAGGGAGAGAGAGAGAGAGAGAGAGAGAGAAAGGAAGAACCUCCUUAUCCCUAUCGCUUGUGGUUCUAACAAUGUUUACGAUCUCGAUACUACAGACGUGAGAAACUACGUGUUGUUCUGCUAAUGCAAUCGAGUUUACCGCUUUGUUUAUUUUACUUAAAGACACAUAUACAUAUAAUCGACAGGGGAUUCCAAAGCAGCAGCCAUGAAUUAUAUACGGUAUUUUACUAAAAUUAGUAUGGCCAGGAAACCCUCAAUUACAAGAUCCCUGGUUGGUAUUUUACUGGAAAGUCCUCCAACAAUGAUAUCAAUGGCUACUGGAAUGCCAAAUGCCACUUUGUUUCCUGUAGAAGAAGCAUCUUUUAAAUUACAAAAUGGCACCACUCUUUCUAUGUCCAAAACUGAAAUGCAAAGGGUACAGCAGUAUUCAGAAACACAAGGCUUUCCAGAGUUAAUUAAAUGGUUAGGAGACCUACAAGAAUACUCACAUAAUGUAUCUGCACUGAAUCGGUCUGGUGACCAAAAAAUUAAAAUAGCUCUUACGUGCGGUAGUCAAGAUGGCUUGUCAAAGUUGUUCGAUGCUGUCGUGAACGAAAAUGACUACGUUUUGUGUGAGACACCCUGUUACUCUGGUCUUAAUGCUGUGCUGAGGCCACUUCAUCCCAGAAUGCUUGGUGUAAAGACAGACAAAGAUGGAAUAAUUCCCAGUGAACUGUUGCGAAUUCUCUCCAAAUGGUCUCCACUUGAUGCCAAAGAUCCAAACAGUGACAUACCAAAAGUUAUCUACAUGGUACCAACUGGUUGCAACCCAACAGGUAUCAAUUAUACUCUGGAACGAAAGAAGGAAAUCUACGAAAUUGCCAGAACUUAUGACCUAUUAAUCGUAGAAGACGAUGCUUAUUACUACCUACAGUAUUCUCAGGAUUAUAUUCCUAGUUUUCUUUCACUUGAUGUCGAUGGGAGAGUUGUCAGAGCCGACUCAUUUUCAAAACUUAUUUCUUCUGGGCUGAGAUGUGGUUUCAUAACUGGGCCAGCGUAUGUUGUUGAUCGAAUAUUGCUUCAUCUGCAGACAUCAACAGUUCACGUCAGUGGUUUAACACAGUUUUUGAUCUACAAGAUUUUAACAGAAUGGGGCUUGUCUGGCUUCAGGGAACAUACUAAAAAAGUAGCGGAAUUUUAUGAAAAGCGUAGAGAUAUAACUAUUGAUGCUGCUGAAAAACAUCUGAAAGGUAUCGCAGAAUGGAAUGUUCCUGCUGGAGGUAUGUUCCUAUGGCUGAAGUUAAUUGGUAUAGAAGACACUUAUAAACUCAUAAUGGAAAAAGGGAAAGAGAAGGACAUUCUUUUUGUUCCAGGAAGUGCCUUCAUGCCCUCUAAUGAGCCGUGCCCUUAUAUCAGGGCAGCUUUUUCUCUCUGUGAUACUCAAGAUAUAUAUUUGGCUUUUCAACGUCUAGCAGAAUUGGUGAAAGAACAGAGAGGUUAUUAAAGUUGGAAUGGUUCUGGCCAUUUUGCAUGUUUUUGGUAAUAUCCCAUUUAGCAACAGACGUUUUGCUGUGAGGGAAUUACAUUUAAUAUAUUCAUUAUAAUUCAGCUGCAAAGAGAUAGAAAACAACAAUAUACUUUUAUAUAUAUAUGUAUCAAAAAUAUGUAGCUUUAUUUUUAUAAAGCUUUAGUUCUUCAUUUGGCAACUAUAAUCAUUACUCUGAAAAACUACUUAAAAAACUACAUAAAAAAGUUUCUUGGUAUCACAAGUUCAUCACUAAAAAGUAUUGUAACCAAAUGGUGCCACUACAGCAUACAGGAACUUAUUGAAACCAGUGGAUCCUACAUUGUAUCUGUCAAUUGCAAACCUUACAGCAGAAAUAAAAUAAAAUAAAAUAAAAUAAAAUUGGACAGUUGCAGUGUGGAAGGUGUUUAUAAGCCAUUUAAAAACACACAAAAGCCGUUAGAUUCUCUUCAACUUUUAAAUUUAAUUUGUCGAAAUAUUUUCGUCACUAUGAAACUGCGGAACAGGUUGCGGUUUCAUAGCAACGAAAAUAUUUCGACAAAUUAAAUUUAAAUGUUGAAGUGAAUCUAACGGUUUUUUGUCUGUUUUUAAAUGGCUUAUAAACACCUUCGAUGCUGAAAUUGUUUUUGGUUCAGCACAUGAUCUCAGAUCGGGUCACUUGCUAUGCAAGUACAUCUCCAUAAAAUAAGAAGAAAAAUAUAUAAAUAAAUAAAAAAUUUUACAGAUUGCAUGUGUUGUGAUUGUAUUGUUGUAUUAUACAACAGAAAUACCAUUGCAACUGAUAAUCAUUGAAAGCCAGCCUUCUGAGUCAGACAACAAACAGACUCUAUAACUAUUUAAACCAGUGAUUUUCAAUUGACAGGGGAGGUGGAGCAUAUGACCCUUAUGGGUACAUAUAAGGUUUUUUUCUGUUAAAAUUUAUAUGCAAUAAAUUACUUAUACUUUUACAAUA